AUGGUUUUCAGCAAAGUUUCCUUCACGUCUGCUUUCGUUUCACUGCUGGCUUGUGUGGCCGCAGUCGAGGUCCCCAAGACUGACUACGAUGUCAUCGUUGUCGGUGGUGGUCCUGCUGGCUUGAGCGCUCUCAGUGGUGUCUCUCGCGUUCGGAGAACGGCUCUCUUGAUUGAUAGCCAGGAAUACCGCAAUGCUCCAACCCGUGAGAUGCACGAUGUGAUCGGUAACGAUGGUACUCCUCCCGCUGCCUUCAGAACGCUGGCGCGUGAGCAGAUCUCGAAGUACCCUACCGCCCACUUCACCAACGAGACUGUGGACUCCAUUGUUCCCUGGGGCAAUGCUGACUUCUCCGCCUUCACUGUCACUGACAGCCAAGGCAAGAACUACACUUCCCGCAAGAUCGUGCUGGGAACUGGUGUUCGGGAUGUGCUUCCCGACACCCCGGGCCUGCAGGAGGGCUGGGGCAAGGGUAUCUUCUGGUGCCCUUGGUGCGAUGGCUACGAGCACCGCGACCAGCCAUUCGGCAUGAUUGGCGAUAUCACCGACAUGCUCUCCAACGUCUUGGAAACUCACACUCUGUACGAUGAUAUCAUCGCCUUUGUCAACGGAUCCCAGACCGCAGAUGGUGAGGCCCGCGCCACUGCCAAGGUCGAGGACUGGAAGGAGCAGCUUGCUGCAUGGAACACCACCAUUGACAACCGCACUAUUGCUUCCAUCGAGCGCCUCCAGGACGGCGGCAAGAACCGCGAGGAGAACGCCGACAAGCAGUUCGACAAGUUCCGUCUCCACUUCACCACUGGCGAGCCUGUCGAGCGCAAUGCUCUGAUUGUGAACUUCCCCACCGUUCAGACUUCCUCUCUGCCCGCUAAUAUGGGUCUCGAGCUCGUCAACAACAAGAUUAACGUUACCACCGGCAUGCGCACCAAUGAGGCUGGUGUCUUUGCUAUCGGUGAUGCCAACAGUGAUGGUAGCACCAACGUUCCUCACGCCAUGUACACUGGCAAGAAGGCCGGUGUCUAUGUUCACGUUGAAAUGUCCCGUGAAGAAUCCGCCUCCAAGAUCUCCAAGCGCACUGGUCUCUCUCACCGUGAAUUGGAAGAGGAAGCCAAGCGCGCUAUUGGCGACGACCUCGACGCACUGUGGAAGCGUGCUCAGGGUUUGGAAUAA